ACUAUUGUUAGAAUUAAAAUGGAUGGUUCACCUGAUAGCUCUGAAGCUCCUCCCGCGAAACGCCUUCGUUUUGACGAUGAUGUACUCCAUUCUGACAGUUCCAACUCUAAAGCUGAAAUAAAUCUUUCUCAAACGAAUUCAGAUGAUUUAAUGAAAAACCAUUUUCCAAACAACUGCAAUGAAGAUGAUGAUUACGAUGAAGAUUCCCCUGCUGAAGAUCAAGAACCAAAUACUUCUUGUUCUAUCAUGCUGCCAGCUCCUCCAAAUAACGUCAGCAUUGAUGAACAGCAUUCUUCACCACCUCCUGCUGAUGUCGAUAGUGAUGACACAAAUCACCCACCUGAUUCACAACCAACCAAGACGAAAGAACAAAUGGAAGAAGAAGAAAGAGAAAGAAUGCAAGUCCUUGUUUCUAAUUUCUCAGAAGACCAGUUGAAUAGGUAUGAAAUGUAUCGAAGGUCUGCUUUUCCAAAAGCUGCUAUCAAAAGAUUGAUGCAGUCUAUAACUGGUAGCUCUGUAUCCCAAAAUGUGGUCAUUGCUGUAUCAGGUAUUGCAAAAGUGUUUGUGGGAGAAGUGGUCGAGGAAGCCUUGGAUGUUUCUGAAGGGAAUGGUGAUAUUGGACCCUUGCAACCAAAACAUUUAAGAGAAGCUGUUAGACGCUUGCGUUUAAAAAAUACGAUACCUUGUAGCCGUCCCAAACCAAAUAUGUUUUUCCACUGAUUAUAAUUUUUAGUCCAUUUAUGCAAUUCAAAAAAUAUUAAUGAGUUCAAAGUUAGUACUUAUAAAACAAAAUCAUUUGAAUUAAUCUGUCACUUUAAUCACUUUCUGUCAAUCAUCAUGAAUUAUGCAUCCAAACUGACAAAAUUUAAAUCAAAAGUUAUUGUCUGUUAAAUUCAAUAUGAAUUUAUAUGUUGAAGUGUAUUUAAAUUUCUAAAAAAUUAAAUUUCAUGUUGAUGAUCAAAGUAUGUAAAAAACUACAUUUGUUUUUAAUUGUGUAUUGAAAACUACAAUUAUAAGU